AACCCUUUUAUGAAAGGCACCAAGGCCAAGUGUUACUCAACAACUAUAUUCUGAUCUAUAUUCAAAGCUUGGUUUGUUAAUUUUCUUUGUUCAACAUAUUGUGCAACCAUAUGUCAUUUUUUCUCUGAAUAUCUGACCAAACAAUAGAGAGAAAAAGAAAAAGAUGGGAUUCAAAUAUCUUCCUCUCAAGCUUAAGGUUUUCCGGCUGAAACGGUUUCUGCUAGGCCGCGGCCGAAGAGGAGUAAAGAGAAAGCAUGUGAUGGUGCCUGCAAAGAAGCCUUCAUGGAUGAUGCCAAUAACACAUGGAUAUUAUGUGGUGGAGCAUCAUCAAGGUUCUGAAAAAGACCUUUUGAACUUUGAUUCAGUAGUGGUGCAAAGAGAGCAAAUGGAUCAUAAUGAAUUGUGGUAUUUCGGAAUCUUUGACGUUGUAGUUGGAGAUGUGGUUACCAAGUACAUUCAAUCCAAUUUCUUUAACAAGAAGCUUCAAGAGUCUCAUUUAAGGAGGAAAAGCAAGGAAACGCUGAAGAGGGCAUACCUUGGUGCAAGGGCAAAGAUAAGAGAGGAGUAUGAAUCAGAUGAAAGAAGCAGAAUGGGUUCAGGAUCAUGUGUUAUGGUGAUAAAUGGAGAGAAGCUUGUGAUAGCAAACAUGGGAGAUUAUAAAACUGUUGUCUGCAGAGAUGGCAUAGCUCAUCAUCACACAUCAUCUGGUAGACACCACCAACAUUCACCAAGAAUACAUUGGUCUCGCAGACUCUUCUCCGGUAAAAGUCAUUCUAGAGGCUCAGAACUUGUUGUGAAAGGAGAAAGGAUUGAUUCAGAUACUGAAUUUCUGAUAAUGGCCAGCAAUGGUAUAUGGGAGGUGAUGCAGAAUCAAGAGGCAGUGAAUCUGAUAAGUCACAUAGAGGAUCCCCAAGAAGCAGCGGAAUUCUUGGCAAAGGAAGCUAUGAAUAGGAUGAGCAAAAGCAACAUCUCAUGCUUAAUCAUUCGCUUUGAGUGAUAAUCAUGCAAUCCUAAUAGGCAAUUAUCUAUAGAAAUGUGACAGUGUAGAAUGCCUAUGUUUCUUUAUCCAUUUCAAUAUGGUCCAUUGACUUCAAUGGUUUUAGAAAGAAAGUAUAUUGUUCAA